AUGGAGUCCGAGGAAAGACACAGAACCCAGCAAACACAGCAGCCAGUACGUGUGCUUGAGCUAUUUGCUGGUAUCGGUGGCAUGCGCCUCGCCCUAUCGUACGCUGGGCUCGCGGUGGAGUCUGUGGCAGUUGAGGUCAACCAGCAGGCGCUUGCGGUUUAUGGCCUCAACUUUGGUCGAGACCAUGUGGUCAACCGUGACAUUUGCAGUCUCACACCCAGGUGGUUUGACCAGCAGCAUUGUCGAAUUUGGACGAUGUCGCCGCCGUGUCAGCCCUACACAAGGCAAGGCAAGGUUCGAGAUGCAGAGGACCCGCGCGCGAAGCCACUGUUGCAUAUCAUCUCCGUGUUGCAAGAGGUGACAGCACCACCGGAGGCCAUCGUUCUGGAGAAUGUUCGAAACUUCGAGCAGUCUGACUCCUACCUGUUGCUCUGUGAAGCUCUCCGUGCUCGAGGGUUCGAAUGGCGGAGUUUUCUUCUCAGCCCGCAGCAAUUCGGAUUCCCCAACGCGCGCCUGCGGUUCUAUAUGGUUGCCAAACGCAGGCCUUUCCUGUUCCGACGCAUUCCGAACAUGGAGGCUGCUGCAUCUACUGGUUCAGAUGCCAGCACGGCACACUUGCUGGAAGUGCCGUGGAGGCACCUACCUUGCGUGGCGCCACGUGCGCUGGAACAUGGUCAAAGCGUGCUUUGUGAAACCUUGCGUGACACAUGCACUUCUUGUGGACAGCCUGCGCUAGCGAGUCGCGCUGUCGGGACUGAGUGUUGCUACGAAUUGAAACCUGUAUCUGAUUUCAUUGAUGCGGAUGAUGCGGACUGGUUGGUACCGGAGGGAACGAUGCAGAAAGAAUCUGCCCGCUGCUUUGACGUGGUCUAUCCAGAUUGUCGCCAUUCUUCUUGCUUCACAAAGGCGUAUGGCAGAUACGUGGAUGGCACUGGAAGCGUCUUAUCGGUUGCUCGCAAGCUUGCACAGUCAAGCGCGGCACCGUGUUCCUACACAAUGCAAGAGUUUUUCGGCGUGCUGCGCUAUUUUGCUCCAGCAGAAGUUGCACGACUCUUGGGCUUCAAGCUUGAAGUCAGUGCUGCAUCAUGCAGUCCAGCUUGUCUACCUCAAUGCCAAUCUCACUUAGCCAGUGAUGAACAUGUCAAGUCAUGUCAGUGCUCUCGCUACCAGCUUCCCCUUGCAAAGCCUCGCGAGCUGUGGGGACUCUUAGGAAACUCUUUAAAUCCACAGGUCGUGGCUUUGGUUUGCGAAGCGUGUGACCUAAGCGACCUCGUGCAGAGAGCAGAAGCGACUGCCAAAAAAUCGAUCCUUCGGGCGGCGCUAUCGGAAGUACAUCAACAAAGCCUGGGCCCCUCGACCAGCCUUGGUGGGACCUGGUACUGGAUGCCCUGCCAGGUGGAGAGCGACAAAGGCUUGGUGGUUCACAAAGUUGAUCCGUCCUCCAUCACGUCCGACGGAAACAAAGUGCAGGCCAGCCUUCUCUUUGCCAACGACCCAAACGUCAAGCCACUGCAAUUAGAGCUGAGCUUCUUUCUAAGCGAUGUGGAUGGCAGCUGUGGCAUCGUCCGAACCUUCAUCACAGAGAAGGACCCGCUCCAUCCACGAUUCCGGCUGGCACCCGGCGAUGUCGUUCGAAAGGAAGAGGACUUGCUGAAGGACAAGGUCUCGCUGACCGAAGGUACCGGGGUCACCGAGAUUGCCAGCUCACAAAGUGCUGCGUGCAAGGUGAAAUUGCAGCACUCCCCUUUCCAGCUUGAGUUUCUUGCGCACGGUCAAGUCGUUCAGAAACUGAACUCUCGUCGCCUCUUGAAUUUCGAAAGAUACAGGCCCAAAGAUGGGCAGGCCCAUGCUGGACUCGUGGAUGCAACGGACGUUGAUGCAAACAACUUGUUCGAGGAAAGCUUUGGCGGCCAUACCGACAGCAAGCCUCGGGGACCAGCUGCCGUGGGCGUCGAUGUGGCUUUUGAGGCUGCUGUCGACAUUUUUGGGCUUGCUGAACAUGCAGUGGGCCUGGGCCUGGGCGAGAAUCACUUGCAAGAGCCAUACAGGUUCUUCAACUUAGAUGUGUUUGAGUACGCGCUGGAUGUCCCGAUGGCCCUGUAUGGUGCUAUUCCACUUGUGACGGCAAUUCAUCACACGAAGCCUGGAGAGGCCGUCGCUUCCGGCUUCUUUUUCCCGAAUCCGUCAGAGGGCUUUGUCAAUGUCGAGACGGCGAAAGGAUCGCCGCAAACUGAGACAUGGUGGCUCUUCGAGUCGGGUGUGAUGGACAUGUUUUUCCUGGCAGGUCCUAGUCCCCAAGAAGUGCUGCAGAGGUAUCACACCCUCACAGGGUUCCCUCGCAUGCCUCCAAUUUCAACCCUUGGCAAGCACCAAUCUCGCUGGAACUAUGUUGAUGUUGAAGAUUCGAUCGGAGUCAACAGGAAGUUCGACCAGCACGAUAUUCCUUAUGACGUUCUCUGGCUCGAUAUUGAACAUACAGACAGCAAGAAGUACUUCACCUGGCACCCAUCACACUUUGCGCAGCCGGACAAGCUUCUGACAGCCCUGGAGGCAUCCAAGAGAAAGCUGGUAACAAUCAUCGACCCGCACAUCAAGAAAGACAACGGGUAUGACGUCUACAACAAGAUGAAGAACCACGAUCUCUUCACCAAGACGAAAGACAAGCAGCUCUACGAUGGCUGGUGUUGGCCAGGAAGUUCUUCGUACCCUGACUUCUGCAAUCCAGAGACGCGUCAACUCUGGACAACGUUCUUCAAGAUGGAUUACUACCCUCACAACAGGCCUGACCUGUACACAUGGAAUGACAUGAAUGAGCCGAGUGUGUUCAAUGGGCCAGAGGUGACCAUGCCGCGUGACAACUUGCAUAAGUGCAGCGAGAAGCAGUAUGAGGUCGAACACCGCGAUGUCCACAAUGUCUACGGUUUCUACCAUCACAUGGCGACUGUUGAAGGGCAGCUGGCACGUGCACCUAAUAUCCGGCCUUUUGUGCUGACGCGCUCCUUCUUCGCGGGAUCUCACAAGCAUGGUGCCAUAUGGACCGGCGACAACAUGGCUAAGUGGGAUCAUCUGGCCAUCUCUGUGCCGAUGCUCGUGUCUCUUUGCCUUUGUGGAGCUUCCUUUGUCGGAGCUGACGUGCCCGGCUUCUUCUUCGAUCCAGAACCCCAGCUUUUCCAGAGGUGGCACCAGCUCGGGAUCUGGUAUCCCUUCUACCGGGGGCAUGCGCACCUUGAGACGAAGCGGCGGGAGCCGUGGAUGCUCGGUAAAGAAAUCACAGACAACAUGCGCGAACAGGUCACCGUUCGAUAUCAGAUGCUGCCGACAUGGUACACACUUUUCGCUCAAUGGGCAUUGUCGGGCCAACCGAUCCUUCGGCCACUUUGGUAUCAGGAUGCUGCAGAUGCGGAGGCCUUCCGCCACCAGAACACACACUUCCUGCUGGGGAGUGACGUGCUCGUGCGGGCAGUGACGAAACCCGGUGAGGACAUACUGAAUGUGUACUUGCCAUCCGGAAGCUGGUUUGAUUUCUGGAAUCUGGAGGCGACUCCUCUUCCUGGGGGCCAGUCGCACCGAGUCAAGGCUGACCCUUCGCAUGUGCCUGUGUAUGUUCGAACCGGCGCGAUUCUCCCCAAGAAGAUGAGGCGCCGUCGCAGUUCCUUGGCGAUGGCUUCUGACCCGUACACCAUUUAUGUGUAUGGAGAGCAGGCAGGAGGCCACGUGUACAUCGAUGAUGGCCAAAGCCACGAUUUCAUGCAAGGCCACUUUGUGUACGACAAGCUCAGCUUUGAUGGCCAGGAACUGGUCUCAGAGCCAGCCCAGACGCUGCACGUGACCGGAGCGGCCAAAGGCGCAGCAGGCGCCUUCAAGCAGAGCACGGCAGUAGAACGGCUGGUCUUUGUGGGGCUGCCCUCGAGUCCCGUGAGCGCACACGUGGUGGGAAAGGCGGACACCUUUCAGGUGACUUCCUCCCGUAUGCAGAAUGGAGCUUGGGUAGCGACCGUCAAGAAGCCGCUGUGCCAACUGGGAGCCCAAUGGAAGUUGCGGCUUGCCUUCUAG